AUGCUCUGUCUCAGCUCGAAUAAGCGACAAACUCCGACGUGGAAGAGGAAGUUCAAGGUCGGGGAUGAGCUGGAGAGGAACAAGAGGAUAGAGCUUCACGCCAAGGUCACCUCCCUCUCGGGGAAGCUGAGGAAGGCGUUCCUAGCCUCAGACGAGAGUGGAGAUUCCAAGCUGCAGCCAGACGAAGUGAAGGAGAUGCUGCAUAAGUGGGGAAAGGAUCUCAAGGACGACGAGAUCAGCCUGCUGGAGAAUUUCCUGUGGAAGGCGGACAGGAACGGAGACGGGGUGCUGGAAUAUGAUGAGUUUGUGAACCGCCUGGCGGAGUUUGAGCAGUCGCUGCAGUUCGACCGAGCCAACCAGGUGUCGCAUGAGGCAAUGACGGCGCUGGUGAACUCGAAACUUUGGAAGGAGAUCGAGAGGAACAGGAGGGAGAUCAUCGCGGAGAUGGCGAGGAGUGCGACGUCGGGGAUCCGGUCCAUGUCCAAGGGGGAGGUGUGGGAGGCGCUGGGGAGGGUGAAGGGGAUGAAGUUCACGGACGAGAUCAAGGAGUGGUUCAUAGCAGCCGCCAACACGUGGGACGAGGAGAGGUUCAAUGCUGGCUCGCUUUUCGAUCGGUCCUCAGAAGCAGGAGGCUUCGACAUCGCAAACUUCAACUUCAUGAGGGAUACGGUAAAGGACCUGCGGCCAACGCACAUGAGCCCUGAGAAGCUGGCUGAGUACAAGGCAAAGGCGCUGGCGCGGAUGGAGAGAAUGAGGCCAAAGAUUGAGAAUCUCAUCUCAAAGCUCACGUUGCAGGUCGGAAACUCCCUCCACCGCGCCUUCCGCGCGCUCGAUGACAACAAGACGGGCGUUCUGAACGCGGAGAAGAUCUACAAUGGCUUCAAGAGACAUGGGGUGAAGAUCAGCGAGGAGGAGGCGGGGGAGAUCGUACAGGCGUGCGACAUCAAUGGGGACGGGCACAUCGAGCUGAUCGACUUCCAGAACUUGUUCACGGAUGAAGUGAAGGUGAGAGGAGGAAGCGGAGGGGCAGCAGCGGGAGUGCUGGGGGAGGAGCAAAAGCAGAAAAAGGCAAGAGAUGGCUACAGUGGACGUGGAUAG